AUGUCUUACCGGUCCCAGUCGAGCGACAGCGAUAUAUCGACGCAGGGUCCCACGUCUCUGCCGUCCACGACCAGUCCACUGGUCAACAUACAGUAUCAGCGUUCGGCGCUCACGGUUCAGUAUGGUGUGGUUGGGAGUUCGCAGGACAAGUCACCUCGGCUGCCCGGUCCAGGACCAUUCUACCAGUCAACGUAUACGCCGUCAGAGAUGCCUCGAUCGAUGACUUAUCCGGCUGCUGGCUACUAUCCCUCGCCUUACAGCUACUCGACACCUGCUUCCAAUGGCAUGGCUUAUCCCCAACCUGUCUCGACGCCGUACGCUGUCCCGGUUGGUGUUACUGGGCCAACACCGGCUUCAGCUUCGACCUCGUCAGGUUAUUCCUUUGGGCAAAAGACUCUACAUCAAGACAGGCCUUACAAGUGCGAUCUGUGUCAACAAAGUUUCAACCGAAACCACGACUUGAAACGGCACAAGCGGAUACAUCUGAGUGUUAAACCUUUUGCGUGUGAAAAGUGUGGCAAGACUUUCUCCCGAAAGGACGCCUUGAGACGGCAUUGGCUGGUGAAAGGAUGCAAAGAGGAUGGUGCGACAGCGCCCAUACAUGCUAUAGCACCCAUCGAACAUGGUGCUACAGGCCCACCGGCUCUCUCCCCUCCGACACCUACGACCCUCUCUCCUUCAGCAAUUCCCUCCCCAAGCGAGUCCGUCCAGUCAACACCAUCCUUCUCCCACCCCACUACUCGCCCUUCACUAUCAACGCUCCCCUCCCGGCGACAGCAAGGUUCCGACCUGAUCAUUACCCCGGGCGAGAUCCCCAACUCUAGCGUGGUAUCUCCACUAUCCGCUGGUGCCAGUAUGCUACGCGGGCUCGCAUCUGGGGUGGAUAGCGCGAACUCGGCAAACGACGGCUAUGUCAACGGAGGUUACUUUGAAGGAUCCAUGAUCGACAGUCAACGUAUGGGAGGUGUAUCUGACCCUAGGGGCAAGAACUUGCUUUCUCGACUUGCUUCGUCCCCUCCUGCCAUCUAUCCCCCGCCAUCACGGAUGGUGUAUCAGCCGUCACUCGCUUCGCCUACGGAAAGCACUAUGGCAUCUCCGACGACGGCGACUUUUCCCUCGACGGGGAUGGUGGCAGAUGGGAAACCGUCGUUUGCUAUGCCGUUCCCGCCUUCGGCCGGGUAUGUCAUACAAGAGCAGGACGCUUCUUCCGCCGCCACCGCCUCUGCUGCCGCACAGCAACAGCAUGCCGAGGCAACAGAGAUGGAGAAGCAAUCGAGCCAAGACGAGAUUCAGCAACAGCAGCAGCAAACGUGGCAAAGAUGCGCUAGGCAUAGGCCCUCAUUUCCAUUCCCUCAUACAACGGGCAUGGCCUACACUUACAGCCCGCAGUCGAUGGGAGAGUCGGCUGCAAGUGUGUACCCUCCUCCCCCUCCGCAUGCGCCUCAACAGCAAUAG